AUGUAGCCAAAGUCUUGGAUCUGGUUAGUAGAACCACACCAGUUUCUUGAUUUAACAAUAAUACGAAGACCACUUACAAGUCAACUUCAUCGUGGUCGGCUGGAGAACUUCGCACUACUUCGGGAUAAACUUGCAGGGACCCAAGAGAACAAUGGUCAGAAAAGGGAAAAAAACAAGGGAGGAGACUGCGGAGUACAGUAGUCCAAAGCCUAACCCUCCACCACAUCCUCCCACCUUCAACACCUCUAAGUCUCUCAGUCUCCCCAGGCCCAAAAUUUUCAUCAGGGGUGCAAGCACGAAUUAUCGCCGGAAGAACCUAAGAAGGAUAAAGACAACACCACAAAUUGCGGAGACAAAUGAUCGCGAACAAGAUUUCCAUGACCAUGUACUAGUCUUGGACCAGCCAGACAAGUGGUGUAUCUACAGGGUCCCCAGCAAACUUCGCAAAGUAAACGAAGCAGCAUACACUCCUCAGUUACUAUCAAUCGGCCUUUUCCACCAUGGCAAGCCGGAACUCAAGGACAUGGAGACCCACAAAAAUAUGUACUACAAGAAUUUUUCCGCGCGUUGUUUGAAGAAGGACGUUGCACUAAAAAAAUUCAUCAAGGCUCGUCAAGAACACAUUCUUCGUUGUUAUGCAGGGGCCAUUGAGCUUGACAAAGAUCCUGUUGACAUAAUUGUGGUCGAUGCCUGCUUCAUCAUUGAGCUCUUUUUGAUGAACUCUGAAGAAACAGAAAAUCAUGAAAACGAUUACAUUUUAAGAUCACCGUGGCUGAGGAAAGCUGUAGAGCAGGAACUAAUACUGUUUGAAAACCAGCUUCCGUAUUCUCUUCUUCAAGAGCUAUAUGACUUUGCGGUGCCUGCCUCCUGUUCCCCUCAUUCCAAAGAAGCACAGGAACAUGAACAGGCUCAUAGAAACAGCAGUGCCAAUCAUGACCAGCAGGACUGCUUGCCAUGCUACCCUCUGGUCCGCUUCGGUGAUCUUUGUAUAGAUGUUCCAAAAGCCGAACCUGUCCCUGAUUGUAUAGAUGUUCCAAAAGCCGAACCUGUCCCUGAUCAUCCCUUUCUUAAGCUUACCUGCGAGUUCUUCAAAGAUUACAGCAAGGGAAAAUCCGUGAAUGGGGUAAAACCAAAACACUUCACUGAUUUGGUAAGACAUUUUCUAUGUCCCCAAGAAGAAAUGACAUUUGAACAUAAUACUUGUCCUAUAAAAAAUAUAUAUGCUGUAAGGAAGCUGAGGGCAGCAGGGGUGAAGUUUACGCCACUUCGAGAAGACGGAUACUUUAUCAUAAAAGGAGACAAGCCUACUAAAUGCAAGUUGAACUUGGCAUGUUUUCGAAAUAUGAACUUGAAGCUUGCACAGUUUUGUGUCAAGGAUGAGACAGAGUGCGUUAUUCGAAACAUCAUGGCCUUGGAGCAGUUUUUGUACCCGGACAAGCCUUAUAUCUGCAAUUACUUUAUGCUCAUGGAUCAACUUGUGGACACUGUAGAAGAUGUUGAUUUGCUGGUUGAGAACAAAGUUAUUGUUAACAUGCUGGGCAGCAACGAAGCAGUGGCAAAGCUGGUUAAUAGACUUUGCGAGCAGAUUAUGGAGGAUAAAUCCUGCUAUGCUGACAUCUGUAAACAGCUUAACAGGCACUAUGAGAAUUUUUGGAAUCGUCAUGUGGCGACCCUGAAACGAGUUUACUUCAAGGACCUUUGGACAGGCAGUUCGACUAUACUGGGACUUUUCGUCCUCGUUUUCUCCAUCAUUGGAAGCAUAAAGUCGCUCAAAUCAUAAGCCUUGAGCUCUGUAGUUCUUAAUAGGCAGAAUAAAUUGACUUUUAAAUAGUGCACAGAGGCGCUUACCAUACCUUUUUCAGAUUUGUCUUAGAGAGGUUGGGUUCGACGUCUUCCCUCUUUUCUUGACCUUUUUGUUUUAAUUGUUCUCUGAGGAAUAAGGUUCAUGUCACAUAAUUGGAUGUAACUUCUCUUUUCCUAAUUCAUAUAAUAUCCCUCGUAUUAUCGGGGUUUCUUCAAAUUGUGAACAGUAUAGAAUAUGUCA